GUUCGCAACUGAGCAUUCCACGUGCAAGCUGCAUACACCAUAGCUGCAUGGGGUGGCGCUGCCCAGAUACCAGCAGCGUGCGAUAGAGAUGGGAAAUACAAACUCGUCUAGACCCUCCGCCGACGCGGGCGGCGCCGCCACAGUGGCCCAUCGGCCAGGCGAGACGUCACGCCCAGGUCUUUCCAGCAGUGCUACCAGGUCAUGUCGUGUUCAGCAUAUCGAGGUGAUCGGCGGUGGCCACGGUCACGGUCACGGUCUGUCUCCUCUCCCUCAUCCCGCUCGCGUGCGCACCCGGACCCGGACUCACUCGCUCGGCUUGACCGUAAAACCGCGUCUUCCAAUCGAACUGCGUCGUCACAUCUACGGAAUGACUGUUGCGAUGCUCUUGCGCACCACGGAGGACCAUACCGACGAGAACCAUACGCAAGGUAGCACCGCGACAAGCGGCUCGCGGUCGGAUAUUAUCUUGGACGUUGCAUUAGUCGAACGUUCUGCGCGCACAGAGGUCCUAUCCGCUCUGCUUUCUGAACUGACACUCAGCGGUAUGUCUCAAAUGCGCUCUUUCACGCGGUUCCUCACGCGUUACAGCGCAAGGGCCGCGUCUCCCAACGGCUUUGGACCAUACGAAAGAAGGGGCGGCAGCGGCGAGUCACUCCACUUGGCUCGCACGUGCGUACGCACAUUGCGCCUGCUGCAGAACCGCUCGCCAUUCUGCGUCUCGGUUCGAGCGCAAGCCUCCAAAACCAGUUUGUACGACAAUGUCGGUGCGACGAGGGCGUUUGAGCGCUCUCUCCUCCAUGAAGACACCCUACCGCUACAUCUCCUUUUUGCCGCCGACGAUGCGCGCGGUGCCGCGCUCGAGACCCUGGUACUUCAGGGUCCACCGAGCGUUCUCUGUGAGGUCAAGGGCACUGCGCCAGCCCACCAAACUAGACAGAGGGUACUCGUGCAGCUCCGAGCAAAUCUGAAAGAGCUUGUGUGCAUGCUUAGUCUCUGGGGCAACGGUGAUGCCUUUGAAGGCCUGUGGGAGAUGGCCAGUGUCAGGCCUCCCGCUCCGUUCCAGUCGCUGCCAAGCGCCUGGUCCAGGUUGACCCACCUGCAACUCCAUGGCCCCCGCAUGCGGUUCACGACGCGCACAGCACACUCGCUCGGAGACUUGCCGGCACUCACACAUCUGGCGAUAAUUCUCCCUCGCUUCUUUCCUGUGGAUGCGACGGCAGAUCAGCCAUCAUGGACCCAACAGCAUUUCUCCGGGAGCACUAUUGAGCAAGCCGAAAUAGAAGCCGAGGUGAAGCGCUCGCGUCGCCAUGGACAUCUGCUCCUGCGUGACGCUGCGGGCCGCUCCACCGUGUUGCAAGUCCUCGUGAACGUCUGUGCACGUCUCCGCGAGCUGCAGCUGAUCGGGCACGAGGAGAGUGAGUAUGCUGGACAUGUUGGCUCCCUGCCUGGGCAGGCGGCUGCUCUGCGCUUGGGCUCCCUGCGCGGGCCAGGACCCAUGCAUAACAGCCUGGAUCGCAGCGACGGCGAGACCAUUGGCAAUCAGGAAAGAGCACAGCCGCUGCGCGUGCACGUCAUCACGCUCCGACGCUCCUCCUAUCUAGCCGCAAGGCAGGCGACGCAAACGCACGGGUGCGUGGUGGAGCGCACGCACCCGACUUGGUACAGCCAUUAUUUGUACGCGCUGUCCUGUGUCGAUCGGCAUUGGCAACUGCCUCACCGAGCAGACAGGCGACAAAAUGGAAUAGGGCGAGAGGCUGAUGCGUGCGUAGAUGCUAACUGGGGCGUCUGCUCUGCAGUGGAGACUUUCGUUGUCCCCGUGGUAAAGGACGGCAGUGGCGGAGCUGUGCCCUCGCAAUGGGGCGCAAGCGCAGGAGGGGCCUCGGUCUAUGCGCUUGCGGGCGGCGACGCGGCGACCGAAAGCGCGACAAGCAAUGAGAGCGCGGCGCCCAUCGCUGAUCUGGCCGGCGACCACUCGGGCUUUCUGCUGGACGAGCAAGACGCCGGCGCAGAGGCUGAGGCGGAUACGGGGAUAAACUAGAAAUUUAGAGAAUCUCAAGUGAAUGCCAGUGAGCUGUGCAAGCAUAUCAUAGACCGCCCAAUUGUUGAAGACAUCUUACACGGACGCCUGCAAACCAUGCU